UCGGGCGACGGAACACAUCCUCUGGGGUCCCGUCGGCACGGCCCAGCCGUAUACAUUGACAUGAUUUUACCGGACAUAUAUAGAUGUUUUGGAAGAUCGAAACUAGCCAUACCUGAAACCAAGGAUUUGCCAUAAGCCCAAAAAACAAUGGAAUCUUCUACCGCGGCAGUGGAUGACUUGAACGAUACCAGCAAUCUCUAUAAACUUCUUCAUGUUGCGUCUGAGUUUAGGAAGGUUGAUUUAACAACAGCACUGGAUGAUUACCAAAAGCUAAAAAAUGCACUGCUGAACGAAAAAAGGCAAUUGGAGAAAGCAAACAAGAAUUUAGAAAGCAAGUGCAGAGACGUUCAUCAUUUACAUGCACAAUUGCAGCAGGCUGAGACGGAAAAUAAAAAAUGCAAAGCCGAAUUAAAACUGAAAGAAAAGGAAUUACAUAAGAAAACGGCAGCAUUGACUGAAAAAGACGAGACACUGACCAGGGACAAUGUCAGACGAGGUAAGGAGUUUGAGAUGAAGUCAUCUGGCAACAACUCUGAUAUAGAUGCUGACCUCUGUGACCCAUACAGACCCUUUAAGAUUGCGGAAAUGUACAUUGAGCUGUAUGACAACGAGUGGACUGACGCCCUGGAAUCUCUGUGUGAGGAUAGCCCUGUUGAAGACGAAAACACAAAAAAGUUGCUAGAUGUAUUGAAGAAAUGUUACGAACUUUGUAAAGAACUAGCAGAGAAACAAAUGGAGUCGCUAGAGUUGACUUUGGUGAACCCGAUUGACCCGAAGCUUCCUAAAUCUGCAUUUGGAGGGAUGGUUAAAACUCCAGAUUCAAUAUGCCAGCAUCUAAAGGAUUUCCGCAAACAAAUGUCAUCUCACGCCGUGGAUAAUAUUCCUGAGGAAUAUGUUGCCGGCAAGAUUGGGAACAUUGCAAAAUUAAUUCCAAAAUAUGUCAAGAAAUGCAUCAGUGUGUGUUGGUUUAUGUGUGUACUGAAUCCCCCAGUUGUUAUCGGUAAUGAAGCGACCGUAAACGAGACUUUCGAUACCAACAUAUACAAGCGAUACACAAACAAUGGAACAGUCGUAUCAUACAACGUGUGGCCGCCUUUACUUCUCCACCAGAACGGAUCCCUGCUUGUGAAAGGAAUCGUCCAGCCAAUAAAGGUGGAGAAAAAGAAAAUGAAGGACCAUGUGGGUCUGACAGGGAUGAAAGCUAUCCCAGCAGUGAAAGAUCGGACAGAUUACGGUACCACAUACUCGCUUAGAAAUAAUGACCGUUUUACUGGAAACGCAGGAUACGACCCUUAUGAGGACGUUUAUGGUAGGACGGAGUCUGUCAGAAAAAACAAGCCAUUUCAAACAGAAACGUCAUGGAGAGACCACACGCCUUAUUUGGAUUACAGUAGAACCACCGACCACGAUCCGUACACACAGGUAGCGACCCACGGUUCGGAUUCUCAUCGAUCACAUGUCCGUGAUCACGUUGAAGCAAAACGAUCAAACAUAGGAACCUACCAUUACGAAAGCACACGACCAUCUACAAACUACGUUCAGCAAUCGGUUUCUCCAGAACGAUCAACUUUCAAACACAACGGUGUGACCUACAUACAAAUAGGCGACAAGUAUUUGAAAUAUGAAGACUAUAAAAGUUAUUUGCGAAAGCAUGAGGAAUCAUAUGCUUGAACAUUCUGAAGCUCAUUUCACAUGGUAAACUGAAAGAUCUUUGAACUAGAUUCAUUUUUGUCGUAACUAUAGUAGCAAAAAGAAAAAGAAAAGAUAAAUGAAAUAUUGGACACGUAUGUGUAUGAUAUUAAAGUGAUGACCAAUUUGUGACGGAUUUAACAGAUACAGUAGAAAUAUAAGAAUAUAUUAUAUGAAGAAAAGUUUUAUAGAAAGCUUUGGUAUGGUUUCAAUGUGAUAUAUACAAUAACUUAGCGCUAGUCCUCAGCCAGUAGAUAUGAUUAAGGUUUAUUAAGGAAAGUGAUUGGAUGUGUGUCACCCUACACGGAAACUCACUUUGUUUUAUCUGAAAACAUGCAGAGACUUAACUGUCAAAUAUAUGUGAACAGGGAUGGGGGUGGGGCUCUAGGUGUGAAAGGUUGUGUGUAGGUUUGUGGAUGUUGGUGUGGGCGGUAGUAGGUGUGAAAAAACAAUAUAUGUUAUUUUGCAGUAAAAUGACCAAUCAUAGAGUAGAGUUUUGUGUAAAACAAAUCGAAAGGUAUGGUUAAAUAAAUGUGAUUUAACCAAACAUUGCUGUUUAUCAUGAAUGUUAUUACUACAUGUAUUAUAUAUUUAUAUAUAUAUAUAUAUAUUCGCAGUCUUGCUAUAUUUUGUUUGGAGAUAACCCAUAUUUCCUAACGAAAGAUUAUAUUUUUAUAAGGAAACAUGACUAAUCAAAAUAUUAUCUGUAACGAUUCUAUCCUCUAUGAGACUUAUUUACUAUGUGUUAAGAGACUUUGACAUGUGUAUAUUGUAAAAGCGGUUUUCAAAUAUAUGCAAUUAAAUGAAAUUAAGUGAAAAUAUUGAAACAUAUCUUUUUACUAAUUUUUUAAAUGUAAAUUUUAUUAAUCAAUAAAAAUGGUUUAAAGAAGAUUC